AUGGUGGUAGGUCCGGGAGGUGGUGGUGGAUCCGCUCGAAGUCCAGCGGCCAGGAUGGUGCCGCCGCGGUUGUCGCUCCUGCUGCUUGUUCUCCUCCUCUUCCUCCUGGCCUUGUCGGCGCUGCCAGGAACCGCGGAGCUCACAGACGGGAAUAGCGAGCAUCUGAAACGGGAGCAUUCACUCAUCAAGCCCUACCAGGGAGUUGGCUCCAGUUCAAUGCCUCUGUGGGAUUUUCAAGGGAGCACAAUGCUGACUAGCCAGUACGUUCGACUGACUCCUGAUGAACGCAGCAAGGAGGGUUCUAUCUGGAACCGAGUGCCCUGCUUCUUGAAAGAUUGGGAGCUCCAUGUCCAGUUCAAGAUCCAUGGAACAGGAAAGAAGAAUCUACAUGGGGAUGGAUUUGCUCUGUGGUACACCCGGGAGCGCCUUACUCCAGGCCCUGUGUUUGGCAGCAAAGAUAACUUCCAUGGCUUGGCUAUCUUCCUGGACACAUAUCCAAACAAUGAGGCUACAGAGCGAGUAUUCCCGUACAUUUCUGCCAUGGUAAACAAUGGAUCCCUAACCUAUGAUCACAGUAAAGAUGGCCGCUGGACAGAGUUGGCAGGCUGCACGGCUGAUCUUCGUAAUCAGAAUCAUGACACGUUUUUGGCUGUGCGCUAUUCUCGGGGCCGCCUGACAGUGAUGACUGAUGUGGAAGACAAAAAUGAAUGGAAAAACUGCUUUGAUGUUGCAGGAGUCCGACUACCCACUGGCUACUUUUUUGGGGCUUCUGCUGGUACAGGAGAUCUGUCUGACAAUCAUGACAUCAUCUCAAUGAAGUUGUUCCAGCUGAUGGUGGAACAUCCACCAGAAGAAGAGAAUAUUGAUUGGACAAAGAUUGAACCCAGUGUCAGCCUCCUCAAGUCACCCAAAGAUAAUGUGGAUGAUCCAACAGGAAACUUCCGUAGUGGACCUUUGACGGGCUGGAAGGUGUUCCUAUUACUACUCUGUGCUCUCCUUGGCAUCAUUGUGUGUGCUGUGGUGGGUGCUGUGGUCUUCCAGAAACGGCAGGAACGGAACAAAAGGUUUUACUAGUGGGGAGCUGGGCUACAUUCUGGGCACUUUGGAGCAUUUUUUUACAGGGGAGGGUGGAAGGGGGAAUUGUAUAGACUCUAAUUUCUAAAAGGCUCUUUUCGGAGAAAUAUAUGGAUUAUUUUCAUAUCUUGUUUUGUUUUUUCCUGGCCACAUGAGCCAGACAACCUGUGGCAAACAAUCAAGAAUGCAGUGUGGAGCCCAUUUUCCUCCUCUUUUAGAUUGCUGUUCAAAACAUCAGACCCACUUUAAAAAAAACAAAGACUACAGUCCUGUGAUUAGGGCUUGGAAGUGGCAAAUGUUCCUUCUCCUUGGGGCAUGGUUCUGCUUGACAGGUAGAAUCUACUGGAUGUUUCACUGAUGGAGGUAGUAGUAUUUGUCUAGUCCGGCCUAGGUGCUGAGGAAAUUCAGUUGCCUGGCCUAGGCCCAAGGUGGGUGUUUUGAAGUGAAUGUAUUUUGUUGUCUCAUUGGCCCUGGAACUUGUAUUUAAUGUUGGCCAUUUCUGUAUAGCAGAGAGUGAGACUAAUUUACGCCAAAACAACUGGUGACCAUCCAAUUUGAUAAUUCCCUUUUGGUGAUGGAAACUGAUGCCUUUGGAAAGGGAGAGAAGGGGCUUAAGUUUUCCCAGUCACUGUGAAAUAUGUGCCACAACUUGUUCACAGAGGUUCAGACCCUGCUCUGAUCUCUCCCACUAAGCAUUGUUGUGAUUCCAGUGAUAGGAUUGUGCUCUGCGUCAGAGGUGUGUAUGCAGGGUGAUCGGUGGAUGAAAGGCUGUGUGAAUAAAGUGGAAAAUUUACUUGA